AUGAUAUAUAAUGAUGGUUACUUAUCUAUUGGCGAAAUAUUACAUGAACUUCUAGGUGAAAUGGGUCAUUUUUCUUUUAUUGAAUUUGAUCGUAUGAAUAAACAACGGUUAAAGAAAGAAGCACAAUGGAGGAAGAGAAGAGGACAACCCGCAGGUGGUGGUGGAGAUAGCAACAAUGAUGAAGAUGACGAUACGAAUGAUGAUACAAUUGAAGAAUAUCACCUGGCGCCUUUUGAAGUGCUAUUGUUAUCUUGUUGUUGUAUAUAAAAAUAUUUUUUGCAAAAAUUAGACUGAUAAGUUUCACUUUUUUUGUGUUUGCACAUUUAUCGUUGUUAGUGUUGGAAACUACUGAGAGUAAAUUAGAAUCUUUGUUUGUGAGGGUACAUUAGAAAGAAAGUAGGUUUUCACUGGAAAAAUAGUUUCGAUAUAAUACAUAGGAAGGGAAAAUGCGUUGCAUACUUGUAUAAAUAUGCACAAUCAAUUCAACAGCAUCGAAGCCUAAAUGAACUUGCUAGCUUGAAGUCCAAUUCAAGCACCAUCAGAAUAUGUUUAAAUUUUGAAAUCAAGUUUUUCUCGAAAAAUCGACUUUUCUAAGCGGAGCGGGAAGCUUUUAAGUGUUAGCAGGCUCUUAAUGAUUAAUAAAACAACCUUUUAUUCAAUGUUGAUGCAAAUGGCAAAGUAUCUCUCCAAAACUGAAAAACUUCAAAAACAAAAUUGCGAAAAUUUCUCGAAAAACAUGAUACUAGGCUCAACUUUUUAUCGAUAAGUCCGUCAAAAUCCGUUCGUUUUUCGAAAACCCAUAUAUUUUUUCUGAAAGAGGAGACUUCGGUGCAUCCUCCCAUGGUAAAAACUCAAUUUCGAUUUUUUUUCGAAAAAUCGACUUUUCUGAGGGGGCCCCCUUAAAUAAAUUUAUUUUUUAUUUUUUAGAUUAUUAAAAGGAUAAAUAAAAUCAUUAAGUAUCAAUGUAAUGGAAUGGGGAUGUCCAAUUUGGCUGGAGGUUCAAGUUCUUAUUUCUCAUGCAGCUUUGAUGAUAUGUCGAAACAGUACGAUGAUAUAUCAUCAAAGCUGCAUGAGAAAUAAGAGAUGGAAGCUCCAGUCAGACUGGACACCCCAAAGAUUAAUUUUUCCAUCUUUGGACAGUUGGAAGGGGGAAGGGUAGGUAGCAAAAUUUUGAAUAGAAUACGAUGACAAUCCACAUAGUAUACGACUGUGUACGAUCGUUUACGGUGGUCGUAUAUACGUCGUAGUUCGUCGUAUACGACACGACAAUAUACGGUCGUAAAUCUGGCGUCAAGUAAUACGGCGAAAUACGGUCGUAUACGAUCGUAAUUUACACCGUAUACGCCUGUACACGAUCGGAUACGACGUCGUAUACGAUAGUUUACGACUGUCGUAAUGCUCGUCCUGAGGAGGUAGACAUAGAGCAAGAGAGAACGGAGCAAAGACAAAGAGCAAGAUAGAGGAACAGAGAAAUAAAAGAGAGACCUGGAAGAUAGGCGAAGAUGCAAAGAAACGUGAAGAUGAAGAGCAGGAGGGACCGAAAAGGAAGAGU